UUUAUAUUUAGCAUCCCACUGGAAUUUCGAAUGGUUCGAUAAGUUACUGGUUAAUCUAUAAAUAAUCGAAAAAUCGGAAUAUUAUUGGUUAAAAUCUAUGUGUUCGGAUGUAACAGGGACGUCAUGGCCGGGGUUCCGCCCGAAGACUGGCAGUCCGCGCGUACCACGGUGGUGGGGUGUAACAAGUACAUGCUCGAUAAUCAGCUGCACUGUGAUGUCACAUUCCGCCGCGUGGGGCGGGGCAGGACACCCAUCAAGGCUCACAGCUACGUCUUGAUGUCGCGGAGCUGCGUCUUCUACGACAUGUUGACAAUGGAGUCGGCUGACGAGCAUAGAGAUAUAGAGACUCCUGAUGUAGAGCCUCCAGUGUUCUUCUCAACUUCUGGAGUAGAAGAGAAGAGUUGAGAAAUCCACACAAACAGUUCCACCAUUACAAAACGAAAGCUUCCCAUGUUCAGUGACCAUCAUCAACAGUCAUUAUAUAAACGUGUGCACUUUAAAUUUGGCUUUAUUACAGAACGCUCAGAAUCCUCCGAGCCACGACGAAGGUUAGUCUUUAUCAACCAGUUUAAUUUGCUUAUAAUGAUAAUAAUUUAUUAAUUAUAUUUUUAUUUUGUUCAAAAAUUCGCCUGUAUCAUACUGUAUCUUAGAAUGAAGACAUUCAAAUAAUUGUUCCUAAAUAAAAGACAACAAUUUGCCACAUAAACAUAGAUGAUUGGAAAGAUGAUAUUUGAAGCAACGUUUUCUGUUGUUGUAUUAUUAAACUAAUGAUGGGCUACUCAUUAAAUCUUUCAAUUAUAACUAACUUGGUGUAAUGUUAGCAAACAUAUUUAUUAAAAAUAUAUUAAGGGAAAUAAGCAUUACUUCAAGGAGAUUUGUUUGUCGUCUGCGGGUUGUUGAGACGCAUACUCCCAUAUGUGGGAUAUAUGGCUUUGAUAACAAUUAAAACAUUUGCCGCAAGAGUGAUCAGUAAAGUCCACGACUGUCAUUAAGACUUAGUUGACUUGUUUAACUCUAACUACCACAAAACGUUGUUCCUAAAGCUAGUUAAACUUUAAACAUACAGGUUCAGGUUAACAAAUCAGGACGAUAUGGAGACUUAUUUCAACCAUAUGCAAAUGGUCUGGAAUACAAAUAAAUAAUUAAAAUGCUCGCAUUCAAUGUUGGUGUCAGGGGUUUUCUUUCAGGUUUGACGAUCUUUUUUACCGCUUCUAUUCGCAAUAUUUUCAGUUCAAAAUACAUGUUAGUAUCCAUAAGUAAAUUUGAUGCAUGACUUAGUUUAUGUAAUUAGUUGUGUUCCUACGCCAAUGACCGCCCGCCACUUUUGAACGUUACUUUAGUUCCGGAGUACUAUUUGGAAUACCAGUGUCCGCAAAUGUGUCCUCAAUCUUAGUCGUAUUUCUAUGCUUAUACUUCCGUGACUAGGUUAUUUCAAAAUUCCAUUCCUUUAAAAUGCAUUAUAUUUCUGUUGGUGGCCUAAUUAUAUGAUGAUCAAAUAUGUUUAAUUAGUUUCACAUUUGAGUUUUUUUUGUAAAAUUAUUAUUUCCCUCACACAACACAUACUUGCGUGGUGAUAAAACGUUCUUAAAUAUAUUGUGUUUAUUAUUGUAUAAUUGUUUUAACAAUAUGAUUCUUUAUCAUAUUUUUUAACUAUUUAUUGCAGAAACGAUCACACAAAAUGAACACAAAACAGCUGAUGUGUUUGUUAGUUGCGGCCUCAUUGCUUCUGGCGAGUGCUCCGGUAGCAAAUGCCCAAUACUAAGGCAAUAACGGAUAUGGCGGAAACUAUGACUACCUUGGAAACUAUGGCUACCAUGGACACUAUGGCUCCCCCAGAAAUUACGGUGGCCUCGGAGACUAUGACAACUAUUAUGGUAGAUGGUUUGGCAAACUCCUCAGAGGGGGAGGAAAAGGCAAAGGGGCAAUUAUGGAUAUGGCAAAUAAUAAUUGUGAUUAAGCUGUGCUUAAAGGUAAGUGUGGUUCAUUCAUUUCUGUUAAACUUUAGAGAUAAUUAAUAACAUGAUGAUGUUAUUUGGUCUUGGACGUGUUUUUGCGAAUCACAGCCUUAACGAAAUAGAAAUUACACUAAAAAAAGCAUUAUGAAACACUCAAACGCGAUUCAAAAUGACUAACAUGUCUGAUAUGCAAUUUAAUUGAUACCAACAAAAUGUUACAUUGAGUGCACGCGGUUUGAAAAUUGGUUGUUUUAAUGCUUAUGGUAGACCUAUUCUGCAAAAGAGGGCACGUUGUUUAUGCACACUCACAUUUUUUUAUUAGACCAAAAUCCAUGCGUAUCAAUUUGCCGUUUCUUUGAUACAUGAAGUAUCCUUCAACUCGGUUGACAGGCGUCCCUAAUCAUCCUGUUACUUUCACAAAGAUUUUAUUAUAUUUUGUUACAAUACAACUGUCAUUUCUGUUUCAGAAAAGCGUAUCUUCCUAGACCGUCAUUGGACAAACCUACAGCGACCGUUUACCUGUGAUUGAAAUUCAUAUAUUGUUGUCCAACGCACUUCAUAAAUUAAAUCGCAAAUCAACUUGAUAUGAUUUAUUUCAUUAAAUUCAUUGAAGAUAAACGGGAACGCAUUUGCUUUGCGAAUAAAAAUAUUGUUUGGGGCGAAACUACGGUGGCAUAGAGGUGACAUUCACUCCUCUUUUUUAAAUUGAACUCCUCUUUUUUCUAUCUCGUGACCACGAGUUAGCUAAGUCGGGAUCUCGAGAUAGCUAUGUCGUGGCCACGAGAUAGACAAAAGAAGGAUGCACAACUAAAUAAAAGAGGAGUGCAAUUAAAAAAAGAGCGGUGCAGUAAAUAAAGAAAUGGUGCAUUAAACAGAGAAUUUCGAGAUCUCGAGAUCCCGACUUAGCUAACUCGUGGCCACGAAUAAGUCAGCCAAUCCAAUACCAUCUUGUUCCCGUUUGCCUCUGAGCAUAACGCAAAAUUGCCAAUAUUCUAUUCCCGUUUUUAGAAUCCGACAUGUAAAGGUGUCGAUGCUUUUGCAAAUUACUGGGGUGAUCAUAUAGGCUUACUUGUUCUGCCUACCAAUCUUAUUUGCAGAGUAUUUAAGAAAAUGCAAUUUGAUAAAGUUCAAGGUAUUUUGGUUGUUCCGUGUUGGAAACCAUAGAUAUUUUGGCCUUUGAUUUGUCCAAAUGGUACGUUUGUGCAUCAUGUAAUGGGUUGGUUUGAUUUGCCUGUACAUAAAUACGCGUUCGUAAAAUGUCAAAAAGGCAUGUUUGGGAAUGCCGACUAACAUUUUAAAAUGCUGGCAUUAAAAAUAGAUUUUAAAAACCAAGAUGAACAGAUUUAAAUAGAAAACAAGUUGUUUUUGACAUAUAAAAAGAGUACGGAUGUAAACCGUACACGGCGGUAUCGCCCCGUACGAAAAAAAGCGGAAUCGCCAGCACGAGAAUGAGCGUGAUUAGGUGUAGGCGGUAUCGCCAAGUACACCGGUGUUAUGAUUAUUGAUACAAGAUUUGUGUCGAUUUAUUGAUGUGAAAAACAUUGAAAAACAUAUAGAUAGCUUAUAUGCGGUAAUAGAUUUUUCAUUUGUUUUUCUUAUGUUUUAUUGUAUGUCUCAGACAAGUUGAUUUUACCGAAAUAUUUUUACACGAUUGCUUUUUCAGAGUUACAAAGAGGAAAUAGGCGAGUUGCCGGAGGUUUCAUUGGACAAAGUGGAGCUGCUCCCCGACCUACUACUAAAAUCCAGAGCUCAGAGUACCAGUAAAAGUAACAUAAUGCGUCUGAACGUUUUAGAAAAUGGUCUAUGCGUAAUG